CGCGACGCGUCGAGUUGUUCGGCUCGCUUUCUUUUUUAAGUAAAAGCUCGGACACAACUUAAAACAAGUGGUCGAAUAAGAAACUUUUUUUAAAGCGAGGUUUGUUUAGUGUUUCGAAUUUUUAGGCCAAAAAAAAAACAACACACAAAAAACUGUUAUCUAUCCACUUAUCAGCUUAGUAGAUAAACAAGUACUAAGGCCAUGACUUUUGUUCCGUGGAGAAGGCGCGCGCACACAACAGUCAGCAGGCUUUACUUGUAGGAGCGGAGCUGCUUGCUGAUUGGCGGAGACCAGCAUCGUCUUUGUGGAUAUCAGUAUGAUAAUAAGAGAUUAGACGCCGGCAGUAUCCGAAAUCCUCGCACGUCUGCCAGAGGUAUCGUUCUCUUCAUUUUAUUCCUUGCUUCUUACCAGACAUCGGUGGACUGUAAGAAUUUGCAAGCUAAAGACACCAACAUGACUAUAAGAAACGUGCGAGAUCAUGGCCAGCGUUACAGACCGCGGAUGGCUUGUCUGAAAAAGAUGGAAGCUUUGGUGUUGGAAAUGCAGGACUCUAAAACCGGGGUAAAGUCUCAGACCCAGAGACUUGUCAUCACCACCAUCCCUCAUGCCAUCACAGGAGAAGAUAUUGUUGAAUGGAUUUCUAAUCGUUUCAAGGUAGAUGUUGUUGCGGCACGAGCCUUGGGCACAAUGAUGGUGGCCUUUGGAUAUAUUUACCCAUUGCAGGAUCACAAGAGACUCAUCAUCAAGUCAGAUGCAUUACUCUAUCGCUUUCAGACACCAUAUUUCUGGCCUGCACAGCAGUGGCCAGUGGAGGACACUGAUUACGCAAUAUACCUGGCAAAGAGAAAUAUACGUAAAAAGGGGAUGUUAGAGCUGCAUGAACAGGAGCAGUACAAUUAUCUACAUAAAUGGAUGAACCACAAGUGGGACUUCAUAGUAAUGCAGGCCAAAGAACAGUACAGGGCAGGGAAAGAAAGAAAGAAACCAGAUCGAGUGGUUUUUGACUGCCAGGAGAGAGCCUACUGGGUAGUACACAGACCACCGCCAGGAACAGUUAGUGGGAUGGACUAUGGACUGGAAAGAGUUGUAGAUCCCAAUCAGGAGGAGAAAAAAACAUCUGACUUCUACAGAAGAAUAAUCAUCUUCACUCAACAGUGCAUCAUGAGGCCAAGAGUGAAGUCAUCUGUGUCUAUUGGGGCCCUUGUCAAGUACACAACAACGUACAAACAGCAUGACCCCUUCCUUUAUCCAUGCCUUCCAAGCAACCCAUGGUUAACAGAUGAUGUCACAUACUGGGACCUUAAUAUGCCGAAUGUUGAAAAUCCUACAAAAAUGAGAGUGGAGCGCUGGACUUUCAGCUUUGGUGAACUGCUUUGUGAUCCACGUGGACGGGCAGAUUUCCGUCUUUUUCUGAAAAAGGAGUUCAGUGGUGAGAAUCUUGCAUUUUGGGAGGCAUGUGAAGAUCUGAAAUGGGGGGCUGCAGCUACAAUGCAAGAGAAAGCUCAGCAGAUCUACAAGACUUUCCUGGCUCGUGGAGCACCUCGUUGGAUCAACAUUGAUGGAAAGACCAUGGAGAUCACUGUGAGGGGUCUGUCUCACCCACAUCGCUAUGUCCUGGAUGCUGCCCAGACUCACAUCUACAUGCUCAUGAAGAAGGAUUCUUAUGGGCGAUAUCUGAAGUCCUCUGUAUUUAAGGACACCCAGAAAAAGGCUGUUGUUCCUGAGCCGCACAGAUUCAGUGAUGCUCAGCUGGAGCAGAACGCCAAGAAGCGAAGGCCCAGCCUGAGUCCCAUCAUCCUGAGGCAGCAGGAGGAGGCGCAAAAAGCCAAGCUGGCUGCCAGUGGCCCUGUAGACAUCACACAGGUUAUGAGCAAACUGGCUCAGAAAAAAAUGAGCAAGUAGAAUGAAUAUAGCCACAGUAUAUUUUAACAAACUGUCGUCAUAGAUAAAUGAACAUACCUUUUGCUAUGACUGCUUUACUAUAUAUACUAGUUUUAAGCACUUUACUCUGUAAAUCUUUAAACUGUAGACUAGUAGAUUUGUAAUAAAUAUAUGUUCAGUAGAUUGCUCUAUUAGGUAAGGAAUAUGAUUAUUUGGUAAGAUUCUAAUUUCUCACUUGUAACUAGGUACUGUUCCUAUUAGAUUCACUGUAGCUAUUAUAUAACAUGCUUUAAGUUGAAUAACUAAACAAUAAGCUGAGGCUUUAAAGGGUUAAGUUAAGGCUUAGUAUAUUGUAUGUGUUUGUUCUGUAGCCCAUAUUUUUUCACUGUCAUGAGAACAUCUGUGUUAUGUCAGAUUCUGUCCUUUUGUGUUCAAACAUUAUCACUUGCAAAUAGUUCCAUUUGCAUAAAAUCACUCUGUCCAUUUCUGUGUUCUUUACCAUCCAUGUAAUAAAGUUAUACAUAUUUUCCCAAA